UUUACACCGCUUUACUUCUAGGACUAAUACAGGUGUUCAGGUUCUACGAACACGAACUUUUAUUUUGAACUUGUCUGUUCGCCUGCACACGUUGAUCCAAUCAGGUCAGGAGAACUCGCGCAUGCGCGGUCUACAAGGAAGUCGAGUUGCGGUCACCUUUUAAACAAAAGUUUAAAAUCCUCUGACAUUUAGUUUUUGGUGGUCCGGUAGCACGUGCUCACACAAAGUAAGAUAAUUAUAUAUAAAAUAAUCGUGUUAGAUGUUAAAAUUUAUCUUUAGAUCAUUAGUAAAAACAGUCCAGCCUGCUAGUUUGUUUACGUGUAUUCAGAAGAGUGAGUGUGAGCAGUGAAGGUGUGUAUGUGGAGUGUUGGAGUGUCCACAGCCCUGUGACUUUACACUGCAGGUGGAACACCAUGUCGGGUAGUGACCCUGCAGCAGCAGGCAGCCUGAGUGAGGAGUUUGCUGUCCCGGCUCAUGUAGAGGAGGUCAGGAGUUUGAUGGCGGCGUUUGCGGAGCAGCAUGGAGCUGCAGGUCGCAUGGUCGUGCUCAUCACUUCAGGAGGCACGAAGGUACCUCUCGAGUCCAGGACGGUGCGCUUUCUAGACAACUUCAGCAGCGGGCGCCGUGGAGCCUCCUCUGCAGAGUAUUUUCUCUCCCAGGGUUAUGCGGUCAUCUUCCUGCACAGACACCGCUCUCUGUACCCGUACACGCGCCUCUACACGGGGGUCAAUCUGCUGGACUGUCUGACAUUAGAAGGGGCUGGUCUGGUCACAGUGGAUCAGAGAAAGCUGCCAAACAUCACAAAGGUCCUGAAGAGGUACCAGGAAGUGAAAUCUGCAGGUUUACUUCUUCCAGUGGAGUUCAGCACUUUGUCCGAGUAUCUCCACCUUCUCAAAGCUGCAGCACAAGCUCUCAGUUCAAUAGGUUCCAAAGCCAUGUUUUAUUUGGCUGCGGCUGUUUCUGAUUUCUAUAUCCCAGCUUCUGAAAUGCCGGAGCACAAAAUCCAGUCCUCCAACGGACCUUUACAGAUUAGCAUGAAAAUGGUACCCAAAAUUCUUAAACCACUAGUGAAGGACUGGGCCCCAAAAGCGUUUGUUAUUUCGUUCAAGCUGGAAACAGAUCCGUCCAUCCUCUUGGAGCGAGCUCGUUGUGCCUUAGACACCUACAAUCAUCAAGCAGUUGUGGCCAACGUCCUGGACACACGGCAUGGAUACGUCGUAGUCGUGACUAAAGACUCACAGAAAGAGCUGGUCCUGACAGACGAGGAAGCUCAGAGAGAAGUUGAAAUUGAAGAGAAGAUUGUUCAGAAUUUGUCACAUGCACACAUUCAGUUUAUAAACCAAAAAGGUUAGAAGUGUGUUGGCCACCUCAUAUCUCAGUCGUUCACUUAAAAUACAGUGUCGCAAAAGUAUCCAUACAUAUGAACCUUUUUGCCCAAGGAAAAGGUAACUUUUACUGAGUUUACUUUGCUCCCAGUUUGGCAACAGUGUCGCAUGUGAUGUGCUUACAGUCUCAAACUAGCGACAGCCUCCCCAUGACCUUCAUACAUGCCUUUUAAUUCACAGUAAAAUUAGAAUAAACUGCAGUUUCAAGAUGGUAACUGUUCAGAAUAGCGUAAAAAUCUGACUGCCACCAACUAGAUGAAAAAACAUUCCUAAGCAUGCUUAUUCCCCAUGCACACUUUGUGCUCUUUGGCAUGUAGGGUCAAUGUGCAGGUUUGUGCUUUUUAAAAAAAAAAAAAAAGUUUAAUUUCUAGUGUGUUUUUGGCUGAGAUCAAGGGUUUUACUUUUUCCAGACAGCAGGGGAAGAGAAUAUAAUCAAUCCAGACAUCAUUAAAGUGGCACUAUAAUCACUGCUGUUUGAUAAACCAACUUUGAGAACUGAUUUUUUUUUUUAUUUCCUGGAUGUGCACAUUGUAACAAAUGAUUCACAAAUAAACAUCUGUUUUUACCCGAA